UUAAGUUACUUUAAACACGGCUAAAAAUGGAUCAAAUCUCGCAAAAUAUCAACAACUUUGAAUCUUUACUCAAGAACCGAUUACCUAAUAAGCGUCUAGCACUGUACGUUGGCAGUGAACACAUAAAUACUACUGAAACUAGUAAAAUAUCUGCCAAAGAAGUAUUAGAGAAUGUAAGAAGACAGGUAAAACUUAUGCAGAAUGCCGACAUAGCGGACUACAAGCGAGUUGGUAAUACUCUUAAUAAGUACAAGAAGAGAGAGUUCGUGGCUCUUAACGAGAUACCAGUUUAUAAGGAGGUACCCCAAAAACACCCUGCAAGAUUUGAAACAGAAUGUGUCUCUGACACGCAACUGAUCAAUGUUGCGGAAAAUGCGGAAAUGAUUGACAAACACAGAGGCGUUACUCAGGAAUUUGACAAAUCAUUUUGUCAAAAAACUGACCAUGAUAGUGAUAAACCUGAUGAUGGCAGCUUAAAAUCUAAAACAAUAAUAGAUGCAGAAAAAUGUGACAGCAAAAUUGAUAUUAGUCAAGACAAAAAUGAUGUUAAUAACAAACUUAAAUUAAAGAUUCAAGAUAGUAGAAUGUUUGAGGAUUCUGAUCUCACUUGUGCCAUGGACACUGUAACAUGUUGCGAAACUGAUGUGCCAAUUGAUUUGAAUGAUGUAAAUUUGAAUACAAGUCAAGAGACCCAAGGCUUUAAUAAAUGUGUAGAAAUCUUUGAUGUCUCUGAAGUUGACGCAGAAAGGUCUGCAAGCCCUGUACUAAAUACUAUAAAAAGAAGUGCCACACCACCAUUAGUUGUGGAUUUGUAUACAUUUGAAAAAUUUGAAGAUCUAGCCCUUCCCAUUAUAGAAGAACACGGAGACCUUAAAUUAGCUAAAAACAUGAUAAAUUCCCAAAUUAUAGGCAGAGAAAUAUGCAUACCAGAUCAUUUUAACGAACAAGUUGACAGAGACAGUCCUGUUUUAAGUAAAAUUGAAUGUAUAACUACUAAUAUUAGUAAAGAUGUUGAAAAGAUAUGUUCAUGUAGCAAUAAAUGUGUAGAUAGAGAUGUACAAUAUACAAAUGAAUCAAAUGACGAAGAUGACAAUUUGGGUAGUCGCAACAAGAAAACAGAAUCUAAAGUUAAAACAGAAAUUAAGGACGAGAUCCUAUUUAGUAGUGAUGAGGAAUAUGAAUAUUUACAUAAAAAUGUCCAAGAAUUACCAUUAACAUGUGCCUUGGAAACAUCUUUUUAUGAUAGAUCAGAUGUGUUAGAUAAAACUAUGUAUGUAGGAUUUCAAACUGCCAGCAACAAGUCUAUUCAAAUAAAUACAGAUUCGUUUACAAAAGCCAAAAGCAUAUUAAGUGAUAUUGAUAAUGAAGAAACGGGAAAGUCUAUCAGUGAUUUAGUAGAGAUAUUUGAUACUGGUAAAGCUGUAAGCGCAAAUGAAGAAUGUGAUAAGUUAAAUAGCAAUAAGCUGGAACAUGAUACUAACAAAGUUGAAAAAGAAGGAAAUAAGGAUUUAACAACGCCAUCUACAAGUGCCAAUGAAUUUCAGAAAAGCAAAGACGACUCGCAAACAUUUUUAACUUUUGAACGAGACGAGGAAGUUAAAGAUGAUAUUGUUAUGAGUCAAAUUAUACAAUGUAAAAAUAUAUCAAGAUGUGAUAAACUAAAUAACAGUAUUAAUUCUGAUUGGAAAAUGAGUGACACAGUGAGUUCAUCCCCAUUAGAACCAAAUAAAGAGAAUGAUGACGACAUUAUCAUGAGUCAAGUCAUACAAUUUAAAAGUAUAUCAAGAACACCUAACAUACAUAAUUUAAGUACUGCAAGUAUUGGUCAAGAAUCUUUACUUCCAAAUGAAGGCAUUGCAAAACGAAAAUUGGAAGGUUUUAAAACAGCCAGUAAUAAAAAGAUCAAACUAUCAGAUAAAGCAUUAGCUCGAUGUAAAAAAGUAUUUCAAGAUAUUGAUUUAGGAGAUUCUGAAUAUGUAAGCUGUAAAUCUGACAUUGUCGAAAAAGAAGAGAAUUUUCUUGAUGAUCUCAAGUCUCAGGAUUUUAAUGUUUCUUAUGAUGAUGACUUAAAAACAAAUUUUGUAAUAGAUCCAACAAGAAUAGCACAUUUAUCUGAAAGCGUAUCUGAUGGUGCUACUACAAAAAUAAAUACAGAUGUAAAUAAUGGUGAUUCUAAAAUAGACGUAAGUAUUAAAGAAGAACAGCUUGGAGUUAAGGAAGUUGAUUUGCAAAUAAACGAUAAAAUUAUAUUACAAGAAUUUGAAGACAACGAAAUGCCCUUUGAAGAAACUAAUAACAACGCUUUCGUAGGUUUUAAAACUGCUAGCAAUAAAAACAUCGAUGUUUCUGUUGACGCUGUGGCAAUAACUAAACUUAUAUUUCAAGAUAUUAUAACUAUCCCUACAGAAAAUGAUUGUGCAAUGAAAACCGCUAGAAAUGUAAUUGAUGACACCGAUGAUGAUAAAACUGAGCACGUAUUCAAAAAGCCUGCAGAUUUCAGGAAGCCAACUACAAAGCAAACCAAACCGUUGGUAAACACUUUAGAUAAACUCAAAAAUAACGAUCGUGAAAGAUGUAACAGUGAAAGGCCUCUGUCUAAUGAAUUCGUUGGUUUUAAAACAGCUUCCGAAAAGGAAAUUAUUAUAUCAAAACAAGCUAUGGAAAAAUCAAAAGAUGUCUUUAAAGAUAUUGAUGAAGAAGUAAUCGAUAAUAAAGACAAAAUUAAUUUAAACACCGAGAAGAAACCUAUUGAUAAUUUAGCAGACGAUUUUAAUUGCGGAAUAGACACUCAAGAUUUUCUCGCAGAAGAAUUAACUCGUAUUGAAGAUUUAUUGAAAGACAAUAUUAUGGAAAACCAAAAAUCUACUAGUCCCACAUUCCGAGGCUUUCAGACAGCAAAUCACAAGCCUAUAGAUAUUUCAGAGGACGCUUUAGAAAAGAGCAAAAAACUAUUAGAAGUUAUCACUAAAACAGAAAUCGAUAUUAAAUGUCUUUCAAUAGAAAACAAAGUUGAUAUCGACCACAAUGCAAUCGAGAAAGGCACAGCUACGUGUAUUGAUAAUGCGAACAAUGAUACAGGUAAAUUCAAUGGUACAAAAAAUAAAGCACCAAUUUUUACGGGUUUUCGUACUGCCAGUAAUAAAAAAGUCGUGGUAUCGAAUAAAGCCAUAGAAGCUAGCAGAACAUUACUUCAAGAUAUAGUGUUGUCUCAACAGGAGACCAUAGGACAAAACGAAGAAGGAACUGAGAUUUGUGAUUCUGAAAUUACCAACAAUAUAAUCAGAAAUUUGGAAUCAAAAAUACCAGAAUCUGAUAGUAAAGCAAUUCAAAUACCAGAAACAGCUUUACAGAACCGAAAAAAUAUUACUGAUGGUUCAACAGACACUUAUACGGAACCUCCUACUUUUGUAGGAUUUCGAACAGCUAGUGCUAAACCUAUACAAAUAUCUGCUAAUGCUAUGGAGAAAACGAAAAAGUUACUCAGUGAAUUUGAACUUAAAGAUGGCGCUAUAAUGUUCGACAACGUGUACGGGCAAAAAGAUGCAUCCAGUAUAUUUGUUGGUUUACAAACUGCCGGUGAUAAGAAAAUUACUAUAUAUGCCAAAGCUCUGGCUAGCAGUAAACAAAUCUUAAACGACGUUAAAUUGAGAGACUUUCACGAUGAAAAUAUAGCUGAACAUUCUGUAAAUACUGAAGCCAAAAACAAUCUACAAGGAAAUGACAUAACCGGCGAUUCUUACAAAAAAUCAACUAGUAAAUUUAUUGGUUUCCAAACAGCAAGUAAUAAAGAAGUCAAAAUUUCAAAAGAAGCUUUAGCUAGAAGCAAACAACUAUUUCAAGAUGUUGAUCUUGAUGAUAAAGAAUGUGACAUUGUUGAAAAAUAUUCUCGACAAGAAGAAAAGAAAAGUCCAGUACUCAAAGACUUUAAAACGGCUAGCAACAAGAUAGUAAGUAUUUCAGAGAAGGCAUUGGAGAAAAACGCAGAACUUUUCCGCAAUAUGAAUAAUGAUUUUACUAAAACAAACAUGGAUGCUCUAUUGUUCAAAGGAUUUCAAACCGCGAGUAAUAAGAAAGUAGAAAUAUCAGAAAGAGUGCUAGCAAAUAGCAAAAAAAUGUUUGAAGAUCUACAUUUGAGUCAGCUAGACAAAGAUUCUAAAUCAAUAUUAGACAUGCAUGAAAACAAUUUUAGUGGAUUCCAGACAGAUAAUAAGUUAAUCGAAAUAUCGGAACAAAAGUCAGAAAGAUAUAAUGUAUGUAAGAUUGCGCAUGACGAACAUGAAGACGAUAGUCUUUCAACUGACAGAUUCCCAGCGUUUAAAGGUUUUCAAACCGCCAGUAAAAAGAGGGUACCAAUAUCAGAAGUAGCGCUAGCGAAGAGCAAAAGCUUGUUUGAAGAUAUGAAUAUCAGUCAGCUAACUAAAGACGUAAAAACAACUGAAGAUAUACAUGAACACAAUUUUGUAGGUUUUGAGACAGCUAACAACAAAAGAGUCAAAGUAUCAGAACAAGCAUUAGCAAAAACUAAAGAUAUAUUUAAAGAUAAUCUUGAAAAAGAGAAAGAAAAUGUAACGAAAGAUACUACUCCAGUUUUUAAAGGGUUUCAAACAGCAAGUAAUAAAAAAGUGGAAAUAUCAGAAAAAGCGCUAGCUAGAAGUAAACACCUCUUUGAAGAUUUAAACUUAAGUCAGUUAAAUAAAGACCAAAACAUGACAGUACGUGAAGAUAAUUUUGAAGGCUUUCAAACGGCUAAUAACAAAAAAGUUGCAAUAUCAGCCCAAGCAUUAGCGAAAACCAAGGAAAUAUUUGAAGAAUUAAAUUCAGAAAACGAUAAUGAUAGUAAUGAAGCAACUAAAAACGUAAAAUAUGAAGAAGUGUUUAAAGGUUUCCAAACAGCAAGUAAUAAGAAAGUAUUUAUAUCAGAAAAUGCACUGUCUAAAUGUAAACAGCUGUUUGAAGACAUGAAUUUAAGUCAACUUAACGAGAAUCCGGAAACUAUUGUAGUGAAUGAUGUAAUAGACACACAAGUAUUAAAUGAUUUUCAAGAAACUUUGAACACAGAAGAUUUCUGCAAAAGCACACCAACGUCCAAAAGAUCUGGAAGCCCUAUCCUUUCAUGUCCCAGAGCUAAGAAAAGAAAAUUUGAAACACCAUAUAGAACAAGUAAGAAAACAGAACCAAAAAAUCCUUUCGUACCACCAAAGUUAGCUAAAACAUAUAUUUUCAAUGACAAUUAUAAGAAAGAAAAGAAAUACACAUUGAAAGAUAUAGAAAAUCUUGAAAAGGUACAUACAAAAACAAAGAUAGACCCAUAUAUAGGAGAAUUUAACUUUGAUAAUUUACUUAAAUUCAAAUUUAUAGAUGAACGAAAUGAUUAUACAGCUGAUAAAAUUACUCUAGAAGAUCUGAAAAAGAUCUUUCUUGGUUCAGUAAAUAAGAAAAUUGUACCAGAGGGCUGGUUAGAUAAUCAUAUACAAUUGAUUAUAUGGAAACUACUUUCAUAUGAAGUUAAAUUUCCAAAUAUCAUGGAAAACACAUGCACAGUUAAAAAUGUGCUAGAACAGCUAAAAUAUAGAUAUGAUAGGGAAUUAUAUAAUGUGCAAAGACCAGUUUUGAGAAAGAUUCUGGAAAAAGAUGAAGUUGCUUCUAAAACUAUGGUGCUGUGUGUUGCCGCUAUAUAUGUGGACAACGUUAGUGUUGCCAGUGUUAACCCAUCAUCAGUGAAUGUGGAAUUGCUUCUGACUGACGGGUGGUACUGUGUCAGAGCCUGCUUGGAUCGCAUGCUGGUGCGAAUGGUGACCACUGGCGCUAUUGCGGUGGGCACAAAGAUGGCAGUGUGUGGCGCUGAGCUAAUAAACUGCGAGCAAGGCGUAGCACCCUGGGAGGACACAUCAUCAGUCCGUCUAAAACUCCACGGCAACAGCACUCGUCGAGCACGCUGGUUUACCCGCCUGGGUCCUCGCACGGACCUCAUCCAAUGUCCCAUAGGUGCAGCUAAAGCAGACGGGGGUAAAAUGGCCGCCACAAGGGUAGUAGUGACGAGGGUGUAUCCCCCGCUCUACGUUGAGAAAAUGGACGAUGGGAGCACGGUGACCCUAUCAGAGAGAUUGGAGCAAAUUCGUCAAAUGAAAUACGAGUCAGAGCGGCAAAUUAUUAUGGAAAAGCUUUAUGAAGAAGUGGAAAAGGAGAUGUCUGAUCAAGAUUCUCAAGACUCUGAAGGGUAUUCUAACGAAAAUUGUAUGGAUAGCGGCUCGCAGAUAUCCAGAAAUAUGAAGAAAAGCAAAGACCCCGAUGAAUAUAGAUCCCACCUAACGACAUCCCAGACCCGUCUGUUAGAAGACCACGCCGCGAGACAGAGAGAGAAGCUGGUGGAGCGAGUGAGAGGCAAGUUCCAGCAGAAGUUGGACAAGCAUGGCUUGAAUACUGACAGAAACGUGGUGCCUCUGCUCAAGCUGAGGGUGGCCGGGGUGACAGAAAAGGCGGGGACAGUUGAAACAAGCAAAGGCUACUUGUCAAUAUGGAAACCAUCAGCUGCCGUCUUAGAGCUGGUUAUAGAGGGCGCCUGGAUCGAAAUCCUGAACGUCAUCCCUACUGGGAUAAGGAAUUCAGAAAUUCAGCUUUCAGCGGGCCGACAUACAGUAUUCAACCCACACAAACAGACAAACGACAAAUUUAAACAAUACACAAACACAUUACAGCGGAAGUGCUAUGAAAUCAAAGAAAUAACCCAAAAUCCUUCAAUGGCCACAGAUAAUAACGAAAUAGACACCGUCGGCAUCAUAUUCUGCAUAGAGCCAUCGACUAAAGACUUCAAGGAGCAAAGCUUCCAAAAUGUCUACCUAGCAGACGCCGACAAGAAUAUUAUCUGUGCCAAUUUCUGGGGCGGAUUAAAAAAAUUCGGCUUCGAAAAUGUUCUAGACACAGGCCAGAUUGUAACUUGCGUGAAUUUGCAGAAAAGAGCUGGCAACACCAGGAAAAGUAUACCGCAGUAUAGGGUGACGGAGUUUAGCUAUUUCACAAAAACGCCUAAGAGCAAAAAGGCAUUGGAAAUCACGAAUGAACUGACAAGCAAACUGUCAAAAGUUAAAGACAAAUUCUGUGAAGAUUGUCUUGUUUUAAAAAAUAAUUAUUCCAUUUUCAAAAGGAACAGUGAAAAUGUAACGCCAUAUAGAUUUGGCUAUAACUUACCUAAAAAUAUGGUGUCUCCGUUGAAAAAUUGUGAUACGAAUUUAAAUCUUACCGGCCUGGAUUUUGAGUCCAGUUUCAAUUCGCAAGAAAUUUCGCCACAACUGUUGCUUAGGAAAAAGAAAGUCAACGAGAAAAUUGAAAAAAUAAGAUUGAACUACGGCGAGCCGCCUCCUUUGAGCUCUAUACAUAUUAUAAACAAAUCGAAAAACGCCUCUGCGACGUAUAAGAGCCCGUUAAUUUCAAAUUUGGAACGUUCCAAAAUGGCGGAAAGCCCCGGCUUACAAAGUGUUGCCAGCCCAGUGACAGUGAACAGAACUUUUGUGAAAAAUGUGAAUCCUGUAAAAUUGAAUUUUUCUAGUGAAAAUAUGGACGAGAGUGUCGAUCAUUUUGCGGAAGAUUUCGACGCCAGUCCGCCAUUAAGCCUUGAUUCUGAUAUUUUAAAUUAAUUAUAUUUUUAUUAAUAAUGUAAAACUGCA